AGUAAACAUUUAAUUUGCCUUAACAAAUAUAGAGAUCAAUAAUUGAGAUAAAAGCUACCCUAUCUCCCAAAGUGGACCAAAUUACAGAUGUUUACAAAAUUUGAUAAAAAUUGGUUCAGUAAUUUAUCGCGACCAUACAUCGUGAUGCGAAAUUAAAAUGUUAUGUAUAAAUUGAUUUGUAUUUAUACUAGCAACCCUAUAAAGAGUUCCCAAGGAAAAAUAAUUGAUUAAUUUUACAUUGAAUAAUUUGCGUACACCCUCUAUAAAAUAGAUAGUUUGUGGUUGAAUGUUUACUAAAAUAGUUUACAACCCAAUUCUCGGAAAAUAUCGGGAAAAUUCGAUUCUAUUUUAAUUUACCUUGCAGUUUUUUAUAAAUAAUAUAUUUUAUAUUGUUUCCCUCCAAAAAAACUUAGCAUAUAUUUCAUAAUCUUUUUCAAAAUCAAAGCUUUGGAAACUUUAUGAAAUUAUUAAAAUUCCAAAUAAUUACUGUCUUUGCCAAAGGGUUGGCAGGAGCUAGGAUAAAAAUACCUUUUGACAGUUGACACACAUUUUCUUAUGAUAAAUCAAUAUAUCUCGGCGUUUUCCCGAUGAUUUUUCUCACUAGUUUUAGGUUUUUAGGGUGAGUAAAUGUAUUUGUUAAGCAAGUGAAAAUGAAAUGGAGUCCCCACAUUUGGAUUUGUCGAGGCUGCUUAAUUGUGCUUGCGUUAUGGGGUGUUUCUGGAGAAUUAGGUAACCCUUAUCAAAUAUUAGGGGUUCGCAACACAGCCUCACAGUCAGAAAUUAGGAAAGCCUAUAAGCAGCUUGUUAAAGAAUGGCAUCCUGAUAAAUCCAAUGAUCCAAAUGCAGAGGAAAAAUUUGUUGAAAUAAAACAAUCAUAUGAAAUUUUAAGUGAUCCUGAUAGAAGAAAACGUUAUGAUAUUCAUGGGAUAACUGAAGACGAUUUUUAUAAGCGACCAGAAUAUGCACCUUUACAUACAAAUCAUCCUUUUGAAGACCUUUUUGCUCAGCAUGGGGCCCAUUUCAACUUUCAAGAAAAUGAUAUAACAUUUUUUCAUAAAUUGUCGAUAACAACAAGGCAAUUUGAUAAAAUAAUUGUUCCAAAAAGUAGUACUGUACCCCAUUUAAUAUUUUUUUAUUCCGAUUGGUGUUUUCAAUGUAUUCAAACAGCCCCAUACUGUCGAAAACUGGUGGAUAAUUUGGAACCACUUGGUAUAAAUUUUGUUACUGUUCAUUCUGGACGCGAGAAAAACUUAGGUAGAAGAUUGAGCAUUCAUACAUUACCGUGUUUGGUUUUAUUAUUAGAUGGAGAUAUUUAUGUUUAUAAAGAAACAAUUACUAGCGUUCAAAGAAUAAUUGAAUUUAUAAGGAAUAAGAUGCCAUAUAAAUUGGUGACUAAAAUUAAUUCAGAUAAUAUAGAAGAAUUUUUAAAUGGAUGGGAAGAUAACAGAGUAAGAGGACUCAUUUUUGAACCCAGAAGUACAAUUAGAUUACGAUAUUUGGUCACUGCCUACCAUUUUAGACAUAGAAUAGCUUUUGGGUUUGUAGAAUCGAGAGAUAUAAAAAAUAAAUACUUGUUGCCGCAUGAUAUGGAUACUGUAUUAUUAUUCAAUGAAAAUGUUUCAUAUCCAAUGGCUAGUGUAUCUAUGAAAGACAUUCCGACAGCUACUUUACAUCAUGUUAUUUCUUCUAAGCAGUACCUUGCUUUACCAAGAUUGUCAUCUCAAGAAAUUCUAGAAUCAUUAUGCCCCGAGGAUUUCAAUAAACCUAGAAAGAAACUUUGUGUUGCUCUAGUUAUAACUUCCUCUUCAUUUUACUAUCCUUACCGACAAUCAUUUAUGUAUUUAUCACAGCAGCCAAAUUAUAAUAAUGAAAAAGUGAGAUUCGUUUACAUUUAUUAUGACAAACAGACAGAGUUUGUUAAUUCUUUGGUGCCAGAAGAUGAAAUUAUUCAACCUCUACUACGUAUUGUGAUUUUAUGGAGAAGGGAUACCUCUCAUGUUAGGUACGAAUGGGUACCUGGUAAAUGGGACACAGACAAAAACUCAAGUGACUCUACCUCAGUUUUAGAAAAAGUUAUUACUAGGUUAUUAAAACCUAGCGAAAAUUUGCCACAUGAAACAAUUGUUAAGGAUUUGGUGGAUGAACAUGCAAGAGGGGUAGUUUGUCGGAUGUACACAAAAGUUUUUCAAUUUGUAGAAAGAACUUAUGAUGGAAUGACAAGAGAUCAAAUACUAGCGUUAUUUUCUAUAUUGGGAACAAUAUUGUUUAUACUAGCCAUAGGGUAUUUUAUGGCAUAUUUAGUUCGUAUAGAAGAGGAAAGUAUCCAAAAACAAAAGGCCAAAACUAGUAACAACAACAAUAGCGUUAAUGUUUCAUACCAACCAGAGUUACGCUUACACGAAAUGCGAUCUGAGACAUACAAUGCUUUAGUAAGGCUUUUAAAACCGGGUUGCCGUACUAUUGUACUAGUUCUUGAUAUGCAAUCUCGACAACAGUUGAUACCGCCAUUUCAUAAGGCCGUUUGGCCUUAUAGAAAGAACAAAACAUUGAUGUUUUCUUAUAUGUACAUUGAAAGGGGCCUUAAAUGGUACAAGGAGCUACUUCAGCUGUCUUUACCUGAAGAUAGAGAUCUAAACAUCAAUCCUAGAAACUGUGUUGGCACAGUUUUAUCCAUAAAUGGACACAGAAAAUAUUUUUGUGUCUUCCAUGCAAAGCAUAUGGAAAAGCGAAAGAAAAAAAUAAAAAACGGAUCAUUACCACUUCCCACAGAAAUUGAUUGUGAAAGUGGAGCCUUUAUUGGCUUUAAUUCCGAUAGUUCAGAUUCUGAAGGUGGUGUUUUACUACAAGGUUCUCUUUUAGAUGGAUUUUCAAAUUGGCUAGAUAGAUUAUUCGAGGGUACGACUCAACGUUUUCACGUCAACUAUUGGCCUGAAUUUCCUAUCAAAUAAAAGUUAUAAUCGCUUAAUUCUAUUAUGGUUCAUCGUUUUAAGGGAACUUCCUGUAUCUACUUACAGGAACCAACCUAUGUAAUGUGUAUUUAUAAUACACAAUUAGUAAAUAAUUGGAAAGAAACGUGUUGGUUUGUUUUAAAGAGAUCAAUAUUACCAAAUGGUUAGUAAGUGGAUUUUGUUGUUGGAGGAUUUUUUGUAUUAGUUUUUAAUUGUUGAAUAUGUAUUUUUUAUCAUGUUAGCAAUGCAUUAAGCUGAAUGGUGUCCUUGGAAGCGUUUAACAGAGUUUUUUUUAAAUAUAAAUUCGUUUUUUUGUUCUAAAGUCUAAUGAAAUAUUUAUUGCUGUACUUUGGUUUUUUUUUAUGAUCAGUAAUUUUUCAAAACAUUGACAUGUCCAUUAUUUCUUUAGAAACAUUUGUACAUUUAGUUGUAGUUUACAUAUUUAAAACUAUUUGUUUAUAAUUAGGAGUACAUUUUAAUAUUGAAAUUUUAUUCAAUUAAAUGCUACAAUGUAUAGAAAACUAUCUACAUGAAAUUAUUUUUAGUUUAUAUCUACAGAAAUCCAGGAAAGUUGUAUAAAAAUCGAAAAUUUGUUGAAAUUCAUUAGUAUUUCAUCUGUGGAAUCAUUACAAAUUACAUAUAUUUGGGGAUUCCAUUCAAUGUUAAAGAUACGUUAUUAGGUACCCUGGAAAAUAUAUGUAGUUUACUAUUUUGUAGUGGAAAGUCUUGAAGAUAAAAAAAUACACUACACCAUUGAUGCCCCAAGAAAACGAUUUAUUACAGUAAAUACUGUAGUUUUUAUCAAUAAACAUUUUUUAAAACUAUACAAUCAUUAAACAAACCAAUUCAAUCAAAGAUAAAAAAAAUUGCAGUAUCCAAUGCAUUUAAACAUGCAUAAACAAAACUAAACUAUGUAUGCUAAGUAAUCUUGAGGACAUUAAUAUGUUUUAAAGGAACUUUUCUGAUAUAAAAGUAAUGUUAAAAUAGCUAUUGUGAUUUAUCACAUCUAGCUACCUUCAUUACCAAUGAAUUCUAUAGAUAUAUGCUGUUGUAUGUUGUAAAUCUUCAAUCUUUCUCGAAUAAUGAUAUGAAGUAAAACCUUUUUACUAAAAUUCAUUUCUUUUUUUCAUUUUUUGGAAGGCGUUUGUACAUACCAUGUGGGUGGGGAACCUUUUUACCAUUAGAGGCCACAUUUAAAUUAUUCCACAUAAACUGAUUUGCCUAUAAAAGUGACUUGAGUGAAAUUUUUAUAUUUUUCUAUAGGUUUAUUAAUUUAUUGCAUUAUAUAGGAUAAAUAAAAGGGGGCCGUUUUUAUUUCAACCUCCAAUCGCUCCGUGCAGACGCUACGCGGGCAGAAGAAAGCGCUGUAGGCGAUUGCGAAGCUCUCGCACCUCUCGUCACUUAGUUCUUCUUCCGUUGUGAAGUCAACGUCAUCUGCACUGAUCCACUCAUUUACGUCACUGGGCUCAACAUCCGGUUAUAAAGUUUGCAAAUCCCUCAAAAUUGCUUGAGUGUUUCAUCUUCAUUCUCUUAACUCAUAAGUUUAUUUUGGUGCGAUGGCGUGUGACGUGACGGACAGUCGAUCGAUAUUUUCAGGGGUUAUAAUCGUUCUGGCACUACCACCUCUUUUUCUAGACGUCGAUCCAGUUUGCUCGAGGUUGCUUAACCAUAUUUUAAUCCCAAAUGGAACAGGUUGGUUACGUGGUAUGUUAAAAUGCCGUCUAAAAUCCCAACACGUUUGCACUAAACUAUUGCCAUUUUGAUGAUAAUCCUUAAUUGCGUAACCGCAAUGCUCACCCGUCCAAUGCUCCAUUGUAGACUAAAUGGCAAGCCACUGAACCGCACGAUACAAGCCCCACCCCAAAUCUUCUCGUUUCAUUGCCGAACCCUGUAUUUAUAAGCUUGCGUUAGAAAAACGACUUGAUUGAUUUACAAAUUUUUUCAUAGAAAACUAUAGUUUCGACAAAAAAAUUGUAAGGGACCUAUUUUAUCGAGAAAAACUCACCCUACAACGUGGUAUUUUUCAUUUUCUUCUAUCUUCAUCACAGAGUGAAAUAAUUUUAAAAUCAAAAUCUAUAGAAUCAACCUUUUAGCAUAUAACUUAUUUUUUUCGUGAAAAAUUGCCUUCUUUGGCUAGGCUAUUUUAACGUUGACAUGAUACUAUUUUCUCAUAUUUUUCUAUUUUUGUCAUAUUGCUAGUUAAUUUAUAAAAAAAAUGAUAAGAUGGAUUGAACGAUAAACAAAAAAUAAUAUUUUGGCCUUUCUAAUACUUCGUAUAUUCUAAACAUAUUAGGGCUUAUAUCAAAAGUUUUAAAUGCCAAUAAAUAAUAUCACAUUGUUAAAACAAUUGUAUCUUGAAAGUAUGAACUGAAGUAUUCACUUUUUCUAGUCAAAUUGUAGAUUUAAUUAAAUUGAGUAGUAGUAAGUAUUUAUAAAGCGGAAAAAAUUAGGUAGGCACACUCAUUUUUCAAAUAAAUAUUUAUCUCAUUUAAAUGGACUGUUAUUCGAAUAAAUUUGUUGGUUAAUGGGAAUUUCCAUAAUAAUUUUUCACUUCACUAUUUAUAAAAUGUAUUCCAGUAUAAAAUAUUCACAUACAGACAUAAGAUUGCAAAUCUCAACAAUGUAUAAAAAAUAUUUUUUCUGUAACAUGACUCCCUCACCCAUUUUGUAUAUACCAUUAUAGUUGUUAUGUUACUGAAAUUCAAUUUCCGCAAUAUCAAAUAUUCACCUUUGUUUCAAACAUCGUCAAAUCUUGAUAAAAUAAAACUAUAUAAUAGUGAAAAUGUCAGCAAUUAGGAUCAGUGGAAGAAAAAAUAUAGUAUAUAAUUCGUGCUCAUUUUCCAUUUUCCUAUAGCUUCCCAAACUGUCGUACUUAUGAGUAAUGUAUCAUGACGUGACAUUUCGAUUUCUGCUGUGUUUGUAUAUCUAAAUCUUUAUUAUUAAAUACAUACCUGUCUUUAUCUCACUAUAUUGUGCAAUUUCAUUGUCUUUUUUGCCAUAUUUCUAUUUAUUUAAAGAAAUUUAUGAAUUAAAUUAAUCUCACCAAGCCACGCCACUGCUUAUCACAGACUUUUUGACAGGAAUAUUUCGAAGAAAUUGUGUACAUACAGCUUCGGCCAAUAGAAAUGCAUUUAUUUUUACGAUUCGAUGUUUUCAUUGGUAAACUGUGGAGAUGAUGAGUCCACGUGGACUGAUGGUUUCUUAGAUGUUUAACGAAUUUUAUACGGGGAGUAAACAUUAUUUUUCAUUUCUUAAUUUGGUAUGAGUACUAUGCUUAUUUAUGAAAUAUUGAUUGUUCUUCGCAUAAUUGUCUUCUGCUUGCCCAUCAAAAUAUUUUUUAAGUACAUUUUUUUAUAAUAUGUUAUGGAGUCACACCAUUAUCGAUUUGUUACUUGACAUAAUAUUUUUAUGUAUCUUCAGGAAAAAUAGUUUUAUGGACAUAAAUCAGGAGUUGUGGCAGGCCACUUUAUUGCACCACUUCCAAUUCAUGUUUGUAAAAAAACUUCAAUUUAAGCGAAUUAAAAUGUGUUGAUGCACCAUUCUUCCGAAACCAAAGAAUGGUACAAAUAAUAUCUGUCCAAGCAUCGAAAGGCAUUUGUGUUAUGUGUAUUAUUUCUGUCUUUCAGAAUUUCAAUUCGUAUAUAAUUCUUGUAGUAGAAAGAUGAAACUGAUUUUUCUAGAUAGAAUAUUUAAUCACAAUUAAUAAAGAAAAACUGGCCACUAGAUUGUAUUAUUAAAAGAGAAAUUUUCAUGGAAUUCCUGUAUCAAACAUUUUUACGCUACUUUAUCUUUUUAUGUCACCAUUCAAAGAAUCGUUAUUUUUUGAUUUUUUUUUUUAAUUUAACAUGUAAAUUUCUUAAACUGUAUGUAGAAUUUGUGAUGAAAUUUAAUUUUCCAUGCUAUCAUUCUAUUGAUAAAUAGCGUUAUAGCUUCGGUACACCAAACCUUUUAAACUAUAGGGUUAGUUGACGAUUUUUUAAAAUCUCGUUUUUUCUUUUGUUUAUUAUAUAAAUAUUCAGAAGCAAUGUGUAUUUCCCACUUAAAUGUCUUAUAAUACGUUGAAAAGAUUUUUUUGUGAAUUAUAUUUGAUAUAUGUUAGCUCAGCUUAGUCAUUUUGAUCAAUAAUAAUAUAUAUCAACAACAUUGUAAAUCAUAUAUGAUGUAAUGUAGUAAUUCUUCAUUCUAAUUUAUGUUAUUAUCCUAAUUUAUACUUCUAUAUCAAUUCACAAAACUAAACAGUUCUUUUUUCAGUCGCAUUUGUAAUUCCAAUAGUAUAUUAUUUCCUGCCCUUCAGGCAUCUGUAUAUAUACUGUGAUGGAAAUUCCAUUCUAGAGGCAUAGCAGCUAUUCGGUAGAGAUCAAAGCUCUACAGCCAUUUUGUUUUCCUCUAAUUUUUGUGAGCGAGCGCCACACGAAAAAAAUUCAUCCUUAAAAUCAUCCAAUUCCCAGCUUUGCAGGGAAAAUUUUUUCCUAUAGCAGGGCCAUUUCUAAUAUAAUAAUAAAUAAUAUUAGAAAAUUAUUGUAAUAUUUGCAGUGAAAAAUGUCAUUAAAUUUUUCGAUUGAAGAAUUAGCGAUUAUAGUUCUUCUUCUUUUGAAAAAAAUCACAGUAAAAAUAAAAAAAAAACUCAAAAUUUAUUUCAUUUGAUGUACUGACUACUGGGUAAUAGCUGACCGAACCCGAAACAAAAGAAUAUUCACACUAUCGGUACAUGUCGUGACAAGUUCGAUCUCGCUCAAACAAAAUUUCUUCGAACCUGAUCGUGAUUGGACUAUGACAUAUAUUUUUUACUUCAUAAUAUUUCAUCAAACCGAGAUUGGACCGAGAACGAACUGUGAACGGCUUUAUAGUGAGGAUCGACCCUUAAUCUUUCUGUAUCGAAACUAGUUAUGCGGCCGGUUAGUCACUGAGUUAGUAAGAGGCAGCUUGCUCGCGUAUAUUUGAGUGGCAACGUUGCCAGGUCGCCACACUCUAGACUCUAGAGAGUCCACACAGAGAGCCGACAGUCGUGUUUACGCUUACAAAUUAGCGACAUAGCAAAUUUGUCGCUGAGUUAACGACCAUACACUUCCAUACGAAUUAUUUGGAUAGGAAGUCGGCGUCUCGAUGAGGGAGGGCCCUUAUUUUCACAUAAUUUUUUUCAGAAAAAUAUUUUAUGUCACCCUUUGUCUCUACAAGAAUUUUUACAUGGUGAAGUGACCAACUGGAUGCAAAAUAUCCCCAAUAUAAUAAUCUGCUGCCUCGAAUAAGUCCCAAAAUCCCCGCUUGGGCUCCACUACUAAAUAGCUGUUAUUGUUUUCUUAUGUUAUCAUUAUAAUAAUAUCAAUUCUGUUUCAAAAAAUCGGCCUCCGUAUUGAAAUUAACAAACGACUUCAUCAGUUAAAACCUGCGACAUUAAACUAUAUAAUUAUAUGAGUGUCAAUUUUUUUGAAAAUUCUCAAAUAAUCAUAUUAAAACUAAUUAUUUUAAACUUCAAACCCAUUCAUAUAAAAGAAACUAUUGAGUUUUCCCCUAUCGUCAACUACCUGAUUAAUUUUAUAUUUCAUUUAAUUUUCAAGUUGUUAUUUAUUGUCUUGUGAAACUGCUGCAGAUUUGUAAUAUAUUCUUUUUGACAGUU